GUUACGCAAGGUGACGUGGUGAAUGCUCCCGACGUUACUGCGUAAAAUCCAGCCUCCCCAUAUUUGCGCUCUCGUGUUUCGUUGGUGAUGCAUUAUCUAGUGCCUUCCCCCCCACGAGGCAUGUCUUUUCCACACUACACCACUCCUGCUUCGUCGCACCAAUUUACCGCGCCGCCGACCCUUCCCAGCUGAACAGGUUUGCCCGGCCCACCGCAGCCGCUCGGCAGCUGUGCCCCCAACUCCUGAAAGCAGUCCCCGUCAUGACCUCCUCCUCCUCCUCCUGUGAUUUUGCCGAAAUUCGCUAAAUGGGAUUCGUGGCUGGCCCGGGGUUUCCACAGCAACUGGCCAUCCGAUUCCAUUAUUUUUCUAAUGAGGACAGCCGUUCGGAUCUAACACGGUUCCUCGCUGCGCGUCUCUGAUUUUUGGGCUAAAUCUCAAGACGCGUCAAAGAAGCAGUAGCAAAGCCACUUCGGACCUUAAAGUGCUGCUUACUCAUCAUUGGCUCUGGUCCCAGGUCUGCACAUGGGGGCGGGCAAGAGCAAGCCCAAGGAGCCGGGCCAGCGCUCCAUGAGCCUGGAUGGUACCAUAGGCACAGGCUCCGACAGUGGGCACUUCCACCACCUGGGACCCGCCCAGCAGACCCAAACACCCAACAGGAGCCCUGCCGUCGGAACAGGCAGGCGGGGGCAUCAAGGGCAGCACCAGCACGCCCCAACAAAUACUCCCGAGAUGGCUCUCUUCGGAGGAGUGGACCACACGGGAACUGUCACAUCACCUCAUAGAGGACCUCUGUCAGGAGGUGUCACUACAUUUGUGGCUUUGUAUGAUUAUGAGUCACGAACAGCAUCUGAUCUGACCUUUAGGAAAGGGGACCGGCUGCAGAUUGUCAACAACACGAAAAAGUACAGCUUCAGAGAAGGGGAUUGGUGGCUCGCUCGCUCCCUGACAACUGGAGAGAGCGGUUAUAUCCCCAGCAACUAUGUGGCUCCAUCCGACUCCAUCCAAGCAGAAGAGUGGUAUUUUGGGAAGAUCACUCGACGUGACUCGGAGAGGCUCCUUCUCAACCCUCAGAACAGACGAGGAACUUUCUUGGUGAGGGAGAGCGAGACUACUAAAGGGGCGUAUUGCCUGUCAGUGCUGGAUUAUGAUAACACCAAAGGCGCUAAUGUUAAACAUUACAAAAUCAGGAAACUGGAUAGCGGAGGUUUCUACAUCACUUCACGCACCCAGUUCACCAGCCUACAGCAGCUAGUCUUCCACUAUCGCAAGCACUCUGAUGGACUGUGCCACGCUCUAACAGAUGUUUGUCCAGUGACCAAACCUCAGACGCAGGGACUGGCUAGGGAUGCCUGGGAGAUCCCCAGAGAGUCUCUCCGCCUUGAUGUCAAACUGGGACAGGGCUGCUUUGGAGAAGUCUGGAUGGGUACGUGGAACGGUACAACACGAGUAGCCAUUAAGACUCUAAAGCCCGGCACCAUGUCUCCAGAGGCCUUCCUUCAAGAAGCACAGGUCAUGAAGAAGCUGCGGCACGAAAAGCUGGUCCAGCUGUACGCCGUUGUGUCUGAGGAGCCCAUUUAUAUUGUAACAGAGUAUAUGAGCCAAGGCAGCUUACUGGACUUUCUUAAAGGCGAAGCUGGAAAGCUGCUUCGUCUGCCUCAGCUGGUAGACAUGGCUGCUCAGAUUGCAGCAGGCAUGGCCUACGUGGAGAGGAUGAACUAUGUCCACAGGGACCUGCGUGCUGCAAACAUCCUGGUAGGAGACAGCCUCGUGUGCAAGGUGGCUGACUUUGGUCUGGCAAGACUCAUUGAAGACAAUGAGUACACUGCAAGACAGGGAGCCAAGUUCCCAAUCAAAUGGACAGCACCGGAGGCAGCUCUGUAUGGUCGUUUCACCAUUAAGUCAGAUGUCUGGUCCUUUGGUGUGCUGCUCACAGAGCUGGCAACUAAAGGCAGAGUUCCCUAUCCAGGUAUGGUUAACCGAGAAGUGCUUGACCAAGUGGAGCGUGGCUACAGGAUGCCUUGUCCAGCAGAGUGCCCAAGCUCCUUGCAUGAGCUCAUGCUUUCCUGCUGGAGGAAGGAUCCAGAAGAGAGGCCUACAUUUGAGUACCUGCAGGGCUUCCUAGAGGACUACUUCACCUCCACAGAACCCCAGUAUCAGCCUGGGGAGAACCUAUAGAACCGUAUAUCGAAUUGAACCUGGUGAGGAGGGGAAAGGGCCUCAGCACAGAAUGAUCUGCACUAACCGACCUCAGAGGAGCUCCUGUUUAAGGAUCUGAGCCUGUGAAACUCAGUUGUGAGGAACUUGAGAUUCAUCUGUGGAAGUAAAACCGAAAUAGAAACCGGCAGAAGUCCCCUCAUGUGCCAUAACGGAACUUCUACAGAAGAACCUGAAGAACCUCCUUUCUGCAAGAACUCACUGUUUACUUAAGUUCUCUUGCAGUAAAGAGGUUGAGCUGUAGAAGGCAAACUCUUGCUGGACUGACUGUGGCUCUGAUUGAAUCGAUUGACUAAACUUGCGGGUAAAUGUUUUGGAGAGAUGCGACCGAUGUGGGAGGAAUCAAAUCAGGAUCUACAGAAAGGGCAAGAGGAGAAAAGAUAAAGCUCCUGUCGAAGAGAGUAAGAGGGAGGAUAUUUCAAUCAGGCAUGAGCUGUUUAGUGAAACCUCCCUCUUUCCCUCUUUUGUUGCGUCUCUACACCAUCGUCUGGUACCUUUUCCGCCCACAGAAGAGCACUGCCCCUGUGGCUCAGGUGCCAAAGGAAAGUCUGUCUCUCUUGAAAUCCUUUAUCUCAUUUCUUCCCCUCUUCCUCUAUUUCUGUCUGACUUUCAGCAUUUCUCUCCAGUUUUCUCAAGUGCUGCUUCUUCAAAGUGUCUCCAAAUAACUCAGCUCUGGAACUCAACUUUGCAUCUUUAUUUUUAUGUUUACUUGGACAGUACUCGUCCUGUGGUUUCAGGUUUUGUUUUUGUGGCAGACAAAAGUAUCUGACAACACUUUAUUUUGUGGAUUUUUCUGUGACUUUCAAUAGACAGGCUAUUAAAAUAGCCAUAAUGGUAGUGCCAGGGUAAAUGUACUCAACAGGCAGGUUCUGUAACACUUAAAUUAGGUAACUUAAAUUAACAAUUGAGGGCUCUCUCUUGUUUAAUCAUCACCCUGUCCUUUUCUAGCUGUAUUUCUUGACAUACAUAAUAAACAGCCUGCUGGAACCAACCUUGAUUAAAAAUGUCUUUGAUGCAGAUAGUGUCUGAGUGCUUGUUUUGAUUGACUUGAUUUAACUGGAAAGUUGCAUUGAAAUAAGCACUGUCGCAGUGGCACUAAAGGCCACCUUCAGUGAAUAUCUCUGAACCAUAAGUGAGGGGAAAAGUUCCAUCAUUUAUGUGAACUACUAAGAGGUUGAUGAUGCUACUACUGGUAAAUAUCAAAGUCAGGAUGGGAAAAGCCUCUUUGGGCCUGUGCCAAACAAAUCACAUUUCUUUACUGCUAUCCAUGUAUAUACUGUUUUAUUAUCAAUGGGGCUUCCUUGUUUUUUUUGGGGGGGGGGUUUGGGUUUUUUUUGUUGUUGUUUUUAAAAACAUACUAUGAUUUUUCUGAAAUUAAAACUCCCCAGUAAACUCCAUGCUAGCAAGUAAAAACAAACUGCUCAACAAGACAGGUUUUCAUUUACCUCACAUGUGUCAUCCCUAUGAAAUAUGCAACCAGGCAGCCCUAAUGAAACUGUAAAACUCUGAUCAGGUAACCCCAAUAAAACUGUGUUUAUGACUUAAA